AUGUUUUCUUACGUGGGGCAACGCGCUAUUCUACGCGUAAGCACGCUGGCGUCCUCGAGAUGUUCCCCUAUCACGUCGCUUCAGACGCAGACGCGUUCAUUCUUGACAACCGCAACCUCGUCUUUGUCUCGAGCGAAGGCGAAUGCUCCUACCAAAAUGAUACAAGAGAGGUCUGCGGGAACAAAAGCUGAGAAGGCUGAAAAGCCAACCAAGAAAACAACUAGGAAGGCGAGUGUGCCUAAGGCUAAGAAGGCGAAAGACUCUGAGACAAGUAUACCUUCAAAAAAGGCGACGACAAAGAUCGCUAAAGCGGACUUGCCCCCGAAAGGAGCGCCUUCCAUAUAUGCUUUAUACUUUACGGAUUAUUACAGGCAGUAUGGCGCGGAUGCAGCUCUGAAGGGUACAAAAGCAAAAGUCAUUGCAUCUGAGGCUGCCGCUCACUGGAAGACACUGUCUGACUACGAGAAAGAGAAAUAUAAUGAUCAGUUGCAAGUCGAACGUGAGGCAUAUGUCAAGCGCAUGAAAGAAUAUCUUGAACGGGUUGACCCAACUGUCCUGAAAACAAUCAAUGCCCAACGCAAGGCUGAGGGGAAGCACAAAGUCCCCCAACCUCGAGAGCUGAAGGGAUUGGUCAAGACACCAAUCCGUCCCUUCAACCUCUACGUCAAGGAGCAUUCCAGAACAAUUACGGUACCAGAAGGCUUGCACGGUAUUGAGAUUGGCAAGCACCUUAUAAAGCAGUGUGCUGCGGAUUGGAAAGCACUGAGUCCUGAGGAAAGGGCGCAUUACGCGGAGAACGCGCAGCAGUCCAAUGAACAGCUCAACGCGUAG